AUGGCUGAUACUGAUUCUACCACGGGUUCUCCAAUUGGCGACACCACUAUGGUUCCCCCGCCGACGGCGCCGCCGACGUCCUCCCCUGCCAAGUCGGAUUUCCAUCCGGCCCUUGCUGUCACCAAUAUCAAAAACAACAUUCCUUUUAAACUCGAGAUAGACAAGGAUCAUUAUGCUAUGUGGGCUGAAUUGUUUGAGACUCAUGCUCACGCCACUCAGGUGCUCCACCACAUCAUUCCUCAAGCUGACAUGGAGCCUCAUGCGCGCACCGAUGCUUCCUAUGCUCGGUGGGCCACUCUUGACUCUACCGUCAAACAGUGGAUUUAUUCCACCAUCUCCUUCGACCUUCUCUCCACUGUUAUGGAGAAAGGUUCUACUGCUAUGGCUACUUGGAACCGUAUAGCUUCUAUGUUUGAGGACAAUCAGAACUCUCGUGCAGUCGCUCUCGACCAGGAUUUCAUCUCCACUCGCAUGGAGGAUUUCAUCAUUAUUAAUGUUCUACGCUAA